AUGAAGUGGCUGCUGCUGCUCAGCUUGGUGGCGCUCUCUGAGUGCCUUAUCUACAAGGUUCCGCUUGUCAGAAAGAAGUCCUUGAGGCAGAACCUGAUCGAGCAUGGCCUGCUGGAGGACUUCUUGAAGAAGCAUACCCCCAACCCAGCCAGCAAGUUCUUCCCCAAGGAGGCCGCCACCCUGGUGGACUCAGAGCCCCUGGAGAACUACCUGGAUGAGGAGUACUUCGGCACCAUCAGCAUCGGAACUCCCCCUCAGGAGUUCACUGUCAUCUUUGACACCGGCUCCUCCAACCUGUGGGUGCCCUCGACCUACUGCUCCAGUCUCGCCUGCUAUGACCACAAGCGCUUCAACCCUGAGAAGUCCUCCACCUACCAGGCCACCAGCGAGUCGAUCUCCAUCACCUACGGCACCGGCAGCAUGACAGGCAUCCUCGGAUACGACACUGUCAGGGUCGGAGGCAUCGAGGACACCAACCAGAUCUUCGGCCUGAGCGAGAAGGAGCCUGGCUUCUUCCUCUUCUUGGCUCCCUUUGAUGGCAUCCUGGGUCUCGGCUACCCCAGCAUCUCCGCCUCUGGGGCCACUCCCGUCUUUGACAACAUAUGGGACCAGGGUCUGGUUUCCCAAGACCUCUUCUCUGUCUACCUGAGCUCCGAUGACGAGAGUGGCAGUGUGGUGAUGUUCGGUGGCAUAGAUUCUUCCUAUUACACUGGAAGCCUGCACUGGGUCCCUGUUACCACUGAGGGUUACUGGCAGAUCGCCGUGGACAGCAUCACCAUAAAUGGAGAGUCCAUCGCUUGCAGCGGGGGCUGCCAGGCCAUUGUUGACACUGGCACCUCUCUGCUGGCUGGCCCAACCUCUGGCAUCAACAAUAUCCAGAGCUACAUUGGAGCCAGAAAGGAUUUGCUCGGUGAGGGGGUGAUCAGCUGCUCAGCCAUCGACAGCCUGCCCGACAUAGUCUUCACCAUGAAUGGCGUCGAGUUCCCUCUGCCUCCUAGUGCCUACAUCCUAAAGGAGGAUGACAGCUGCAUCAGUGGCUUCGAGGGCGUGGACCUGGACACCAGCAGCGGAGAGCUCUGGAUCCUGGGUGAUGUCUUCAUCCGCCAGUACUUUACCGUCUUCGACAGAGCCAACAACCAGGUCGGCCUGGCUCCCGUGGCCUAA